GAGAGAAGCAAGAGAGGAGCAAAAUGCCACAUUUCAGAUUAGGGGGGGAGGCGAGAAGGAACAAGCCCAGAGAACAGAAAAGGCAAGAGGGCACAAUGCUCUAGCCACUUGAUCCUUUGGUGGAAAAUGCAUCAUCCAUUAUGACCAAGGUACCCUGCACAAACAGCAGCAUCAUGGCAGAUGCUGGAGUGAUGUCACAGUUCUCUCUAUGACAAUUGUGAGCAGCCACAGACCUGGUCCCUCCUAUAUAAGCCGCUGCCUCCAGAGACACGUUUUGUCUCCGUUGCAAGGUCUUUCUAGAGCCCAAGAACAGGCUGGUCAAGACAGUCCAGUCCAGAGCCAAUAACCCCCGGACCAAUGAGGAUAGGAACAAUGACUCCACAAUCAAUGAGUUCAAGACUACAGCCAAGAAGCCCUUCUUUACGAUCUGAAGCACUUUCUUCAGGGCACUAUCAGAAGGGCAGAGGAUUUUCAGGCGACAGAAGAUCCACUACAGGCAGGUUGAAUUCCCCCGAGCGACACCCCACGGUUUUGCAGAGAACAGGGGCUGUUGUGAUCGAUACAGGCACAGGAUGCUGUAAAGCAGGCUUUGCCGGGCAGCAGAGCCCCAAGUCUGUCCUUGGAUCGUGGGUGGGCCGCCCAACAGAGCGGUCAUUCAAGUCGCGGGGGGCCGGACCAGACACUUUUGUAGGAGAGAGCGCCCGAACGCAGCCAGAUGUUGAAGUUAUUGAGCCCGUGAGAAAUGGCAUCAUCGUAGACUGGGAGGCAGCCGAAGUCCUUUGGCGACACAUGUUCAAUCAUGAUCUGCAGGUCUGCCCAGAAGACCAUGCCCUUUUGAUGUCGGACCCACCACUCAGCCCUACUACCAACAGAGAGAAGAUGGUUGAGGUGGUGUUUGAGUCUCUGAACUCUCCAGGCAUGUACAUUGCUUACCACUCCGUCUUGUCCGUUUAUGCUCAUGGCAAAAUAAGUGGCUUGGUGGUAGAUAGCGGCUACGCAGUGACCCACGCUGUUCCAGUCCAUCAGGGUUACAACUUGCCACAUGCCAUCGAGAGAAUGGAUAUCGCUGGAUCUCACAUGACUUCCUUCCUGAUGAAGCUUCUCAAUGACUCGGGGCACGUGUUUACCGAGAGGCUGACGCACACUGUGGAAGACAUCAAGCAUAAGUGCUGCUAUGUUGCGGCGAACUUUGAGAGGGAAUGUCAUCUCCCCAAGAAGGACUACGUGGUAGACUUCCAGCUACCAGAUGGCCACAUCAUCAGCCUGGGGAAAGAGCGAUUCCAAUGCCCAGAAAUGCUAUUCACCCCCCCCAAGUUGCCUGGGAUUUCUUUUGUGGGGAUCCAUAACAUGGCCCAGAGAAGCUUAAGUAAGGUCCCAGAAGAGGCCAGGGGGGACAUGUACCAGAACAUCUUUCUGUGUGGAGGGUCCUCUCUCUUUAAUGGGCUGGAGAAGAGGUUUACUAGUGAGCUUCUUCGGCACUUGCCAUCUAACGCCAAGGUUAAAGUCUCUGCCGUGCCCCUGAGGAAUUUUUCGGUCUGGACCGGAGGCUCCAUCCUGGCUUCCCUGAAGAACUUCCAGGCCUGCUGGAUUAAAAAGGAGCAGUACAAUGACAUUGGGCCAUACGUUGUCCAUCGGAAGUGCUACUGAAGUAGGGAAAACAGCCGCAGGGAGAACUGCUGUCUCUCCUCCCAUAGGAUGAAAAGUGCUCGCAUCGAACUGAAGUGUAUUUGGGAUUAUUGACUGAGCG